UCCAAGAGGGAUAAGAGACCGAAAAACAAAAGCAAAAAGCGAUUAUUGAAGAAUAAAGCCAAAGGCAAAAACAUGGACCUAGCUGUAAAUGAUAUAGCCCAGCAAGCACCCAAUGCAACUGCAUGCAGCAAGGCUCUAAAAAGGGCUUUAGCUCUACUUCAGAAUGUUGUAGAAAACCCCCUUGAGGCGGUCUUUGAUCUCACUGUUGAUGUUGAUGUUUUUAUUCUCUUUGAUGACAGUCCUUUGCCAGAUGCCAAUACAGGUAAUUCCGUUGCUCUGACGAACGACUUGAAAGUAGGUUUAUCCUUAAUCGUCAUCAAUGCACAAAACUUAAUUCUGCUUCUGAACACUAGUGACAUUGAAAACCGAUUCCUUUGGGAAAGCACCCGAUCUUUGCUGAAGAAUUUUGUUUCACAAUCCAUCAAUCUCUUGUCAACCAGCGAUGCCUUUACCACUCGCUUCAAUGGCACAGGUGUCUUCGAGAUUGGCAACACAACAAAGGCCAUCAAAACUCUUGUCAUUGAAUUACGAAAGACUUUUCAGAGUCUUAAAAUGGAAGCCGAGUUAAUACCUGAUACAUUUGUUCAUCGGCUUGUCACCGAAGCCGAUUCCCAACUGGAGAAGUUAGAAAGAGAUGCAUGGGAAUUUGUUCAGUUCAGCAACACUGAGCUUAUCCAAGCAUUUAAGGGGUUUUCUGGCUUUGGAAUAAAAUUUGUUUCUUCGCUCACGGUAUUCGGCAUAAAUCUGGGAGAGCUUGAUUUAGAGUUUGUGUACUCCUCUGGCUCUUUAGCUCAGUGCAGCAAAUACAGUAAAGCAUACGCUCUCCUUCAGGGCAAGGAUGCCGUUCGAAUAAUGGGUUUGUUUAAAGCUGAUGGAGACGUAUUCAAGUUUUUCAAAAAAUUCCGUGGUGCUGGACUAGAGUUAGCUAUCGGCAUAAAUGGAGCACAAACUGAUAUUAUUGUCCGUGCAAUCCUCCUGUUAGAUUUGCCAGUUUUUGAUAGUACAAGAAUUGACGUUUUUAUUUCAAGGAACGGUUUGGACGCCUACGUCGAAACUGUAAUAGUAUCUUUAUUUCGAAUUGAGAUGAAUUUAUAUCUUAGAUUUAACGUCCCAGAAGUUCAUUUUCGACUGGGCAUGUCGGCAUAUUUUGUGCCAGGGCCUAAGGGUUUUGACGGAAGCUUAUGGGAUGCAGUGAUUGAAAUAGUAAAAGAAAAGUCAAGGGAAGCACAAGAGCGAAUUUCUGCUGCCCAAGAUGCUGUAACAAAAGUCCAGACUCAGCUACAAGCAGCACAGGAAAAGGUGAAUUCCGCAAAGGCUGGAGUUCUUGCUGAAAAGACAAAAUUUGACAACGCUGUUAAAGUUCUUGAAGAUGCGGAACGGAAAGUUGAGGAGGCAAAGAUUCCAUUCCAAAGGGCUCUUGAUGAGUUAGCGAGGGCUCAAAGAAAUGUGGAUAAUUUGUGCCAGAUACGAGAUUGCCCUGACAUUUGUUUGUGGGGCCUUACCUGUAGGAUAUGCAGUGGCUGGAUACCUUUUCCAUGCUGUCAGUGGGUCCCAUGUGCGAUUCGCAUCCCCGACAUUGGCUGUCUUAUAGCAAAUGCUCUAUGCCGCAUUCUUAGAGCUAUAGCUUACGCUGCUCUGGAAAUUGCUAAGAUCGCCGUUCGCAUCCCUAUGAUAGCCAUGGAUAUAGCUAAAGGGGCGCUCCAAGUGGCUCAGAUAACUGUAAAAGCAGCUAAAGUCUUUCUCGAUGUUGCAGUUGGAUUUUUAGACUUAACGAUUUAUAUUUUGAAAGGGAUCGAAUGGCUUCUCGAAUUUGUGAAAGCAGCUUUGGAGGUAGUUAAAUUCAUCCUACGUGGAAUAACAUUGGCGUUUGAGUACUUUAUUCGUUAUGGAAUUGCAAGUAUCCUGGACAUUAAACGAUGUGGUUUUGGCGUAGAAAUCAAUGCACGGGACUUUUUUCUCUUGACUGUUUCAUGCGAGUUCAAUGCUUUUAGAACUGGCUGGACAUUGUUCACAUUUAGGAUUGAUUUGAGGAAUAUUUUUCUAAACAUACUAGAGCUAGCCUUCAAGAUUGUAAAAAUGAUAUUUGAAGGUAUUGGACGUUUACUUACUGGAAGAGGAAAACGGUCUGUGGAAUAUUUAGUUAGAGCGAACAUUCUUUGGUCAUAUAAGCACCUGCGAGGACGAUUUGAGCGAGAUACACAUGGUAUGUCUAAUUCCUCCAUCAACGGAACAGUGUUUGAUGAUAUUUUUGAUGGAGAAAAUGUAACUAUUGACUCCCCCGAAUCCGACAGCCUUAAUGCAAACGACUCAACCGAAGCAAAUUACAUACAAUAUCGAAUUAAUUUGUUCAAAAGAAAAUGUGACGAGUUCUCAGUCAUUGACACAUUUUUGACCACAGUGGCUGAAGCAUUAUACAACGUGUCAUCAGUGGCAAAAGAUUCCAUUGAUAAUGCCUCUACAGUGGUGGAUGAUUUGACUAGCAUGACAAAGGUGGAAAACAUAAGCCUUAACGAUUCUGGGUUUAACAAAACCGAUGCCUACGUCAACUAUAACUUGACUGAAAAUGACCUUGAAGAUGUGAUUGCAAAUUCCAACGUGACCUCUGAUCCGGUGGUAGGUGCGUACGUGGGCAUGAUGGAUACCGCUGUAAAUGCAACGAAGGAGGAAACCCAGAAGGCAAAAAGCUUCCCAAUCGGCACCGCAUGGAGACAAACAAUGGAGAAUUACACACGGGACACACAAGACCCGAACAAGUGUUCCAGUUUUGAGGAUUGCUUACUUAUGUAUUUCUAUGAUUUCUACCGUCUUUACUUAAACGUCUCCAUUGCCCAGGCAGACACCAUGCGGCAGCUGAUACCGCAAAUUGAAGACAGUUUUCUUGGCAUUGUCAGAAACGAUACGCUGACAACAGAGGAUGCCGUUGCUCUGAGUGGUGAGCUGUUGUCUGUACUGCUUCAGAGUAGAGAAACCAAAGUUUUCUGUGCCACAGCACCCAAUAUUUCUGUAGAGGUCCACGACAUCGCCGUUCUGGUAGGUCAUAAUGUGACUUUGACCUGUAACGCAACAGGCGAACCUGCACCUUACUUCGAAUGGCAGAAAGACGGAGAACCGAUUUAUGGAAACAGCAGCUUAAACGUAAACAUUGACGGAAAUGUUUUAGAAAUCCCAGUUGCGGAACAAAUGCAUGAUGGCUAUUACGCAUGCGUUGCAGUGAAUCACGUAGUUAGCGUUGCUUCGAGGGGUGUUCUCAAAGUUGAAGAACCGCCGUGCGAGGUGAUGCCUCCCCUUAAUGAUCUGGUUGUACUUGAGGGGUACGAACCAUCAGCCAACAUCACGUGCAACGUGACUGGAGAUCCAUUUCCAACUAUCACGUGGACGUUUGAGACCAAUUUGAGCAGCACAAAUAAUACCACAGUUCCUGUCUUUCUUAACAGCAGUGACCCUAUUCUGAAAAUUCCCAAACCCAGGCUUGUUGAUGCUGGUUUUUACCAAUGCAGUGCAGAAAACAAACAUGGUUUACAUAAGAUGAACCACACCCAAAUGAUAGUUAGGCCUGUGCGAGUGGCGUUGCCACGGGCACAAAUAACCAUGGCUGUGAGACGAAUAGCAGCAGCAGAUACGGAGACCCCUGUCACCCUAUUUCAGAACAUGUCAUUAGAUGGGCUAGACUUCAAGGAAACCAUAGAAAUGACGCUGAUGCAAUUACUUAAUGACAACGUCACCGUUUCGAACAUAACACAUCUUGAAAAUGAUGGAACCCAAUUCACCAUUUUGGCAAAUGAGAUCGCCAAUUCCACAGAUCACAACAACUCGUACGGACAACUGAACCAACAGUAUGGUGGGCUGCGGCAGUCAGUCAUGAGAAGUGUUCGUGUGCUUUACAAUUAUGGGUACCAGGGAACGUUUAUCUUCACCCAUGGCGCCCAUUAUGUUAGUAUUGACCACAACCAACUGCGAGCGUCCUUUGAUUCCCCACUUUGUCCGCUCGGUUAUGAACACAGCGUGGAGUUUGAAUAUCUAUGCGCCGCUUGUAUGCCGGGGACAUAUUCUGAUGAAAAGUCUCGCACCUGCAAGCCAUGUCAGUUUGCAUUUGAUGACAAGAGUAUGGGAGCCGUCCGCUGCACAGGCACGACAGAAGUUAAUGAACCUCAGAGACUUACCUGGAUGAUUCCUGUUAUCGUUUCAACUGUUCUUACAUUGGUGGUAUUGGUAGCACUAUUUGUUGGAUUAAAAGUAAUGAAGAAGAAACUCGUUGCGCGACAAAGCGUCACUCCAAUAACGAGCGAAGAAAAUUUAAGGUCGGUCAAUAGCUCCCAUUUAGACAUGAAACGGUUCAGAGGUUCAGAGGCGUGGUCGAACACUGGCAACGAGUGUUCACCAGUGCAAGCAAAACGUGGGAUAGGUGAUUCAGCAGUAGAGGUGGUCGAAAUAGAGCAGACUGAAACCACCAAUAGUGACAAAGCCUGGAACAGACUCUCACCCUUGAUCGGGAAUCCUGCUCCUCCUCUUGUCACCGAUGGUGACGCCCCACACCCCUGGCCCAUUUGGUCUAAAGUUCCUGAAAUCAAAAACUCCCAUAACAACGGGGACUAAUAUGUGAUUUCAGUAGAAAUGACUAAUCAUUGUAUCAUAUCGUAAAGGAUGUAUUUGUGCAUUAAAAUGAAGGGAUACUUAAAAUGUGCAUAUCAUAUGCUUUAUAUCAAACAUUGUAGAAUUUGACUCUCAGUUCAUUGAGCUUUGCAAUAUAGUCUCAAAAGAGUUAUAAUUUUUUAUGUAGUCGCAUUUUACAUAUAGAAUUCCAAUAGAUAUCUGCUGCAAAUGGUUCUCAUGAAACAACCCAACCGUCUAUCAAUUCCAUGGGUUAAAACUCCCACCCAUGUGAACCUUGGUAAAAAAUGUGUUGGCGUUGGUAUUAGAGUAUUUCAAUGGUUUAGCUUGGUAGGUCAAUGUUCUAAUACGCACAUCCCCAAUUUACACAAUGAUCGGUUGCCUAAAUAUUAUGUAAUAGAAAAAUUGAUACCAUGGGUACCUUGAAGCGAUGUAUACAUGUAUAAUUGCUGUAGGUGACAAUUUUUUUGCUAAGGGGGUAUAUAUAUAUAAUCCAAAAGGGGCAAAAGGGGCUGUUUAAAUAAAUAAAUGUUUGUUAGUUUCUAAGUCAAAUAUUAGUGGCUUUCA